AACAAAUCAGCUGGAGAAACAAAAACACCGACGGGUGCCUCAUAGGUGACAUAGUUAGAACUAGCGAUGGUUAAUAUUUCACCAAAUAACCCCAGUUUUAGGUAAAAGUUCAGAGUUAGUGCUUUAGCUAGAUGCAAAGGAGUUAGUGAGCAGCCUGGAAUCACUGUAAGAGAACAGCGAGAAGAAGGAAGAUGCUAUCUUUGUGACAGUUUUUGGGCAACAUUCACAGUAACGUUGGUUCUCUCAAGGCUUUUGAGUUAGUUGACAACUCUUCUUGCCUCCGCUCGUCUCCUGUGCUCGGUCGAACUUGGCGCGGAGUGGCAUGUGGGUCAAUACCGGAACAGUCGGAAGGGCCCUCUCCAUGGAUAUAGACACAGACUAUGAGCGGCCCAACGUGGAAACCAUUAAAUGUGUUGUGGUAGGGGACAACGCGGUGGGCAAGACUAGGCUCAUCUGUGCCCGCGCCUGCAAUGCAACCCUCACACAGUACCAGCUGCUCGCCACCCACGUGCCAACUGUCUGGGCCAUUGACCAGUACCGCGUGUGCCAGGAGGUGUUGGAGAGAUCACGGGAUGUUGUGGAUGAGGUCAGUGUGUCCCUGAGACUAUGGGACACCUUCGGUGACCAUCACAAAGACAGACGCUUCGCGUACGGCAGGUCUGACGUGGUGGUGCUGUGUUUCUCCCUGGCCAACCCCAACUCCCUGCGCCACGUCCGCACCAUGUGGUACCCUGAGAUUAAGCACUUCUGCCCCCGCACCCCUAUCAUCCUGGUGGGCUGCCAGCUGGACCUGCGCUAUGCCGACCUGGAGGCUGUCAACCGCGCCCGCAGACCCCUAGCCAAACCCAUCAAGCCAACAGAUAUCCUACCUCCAGAGAGAGGCCACGAGGUGGCAAAGGAGCUGGGCAUUCCCUACUUUGAGACCAGCAUCGUGGCCCAGUUUGGGGUAAAGGAUGUGUUCGACAAUGCUAUCCGUUCUGCCCUUAUCUCCCGCCGCCACCUCCAGUUCUGGAAGUCCCACCUGAAGAGAGUCCAGCGGCCCCUCCUCCAGGCACCGUUCCUGCCUCCCCGUCCCCCUCGCCCUGUGGUUGGCAUCCCCGACCCCCCUCCCAUCGAUGGAGAGGCCCCUGAUUCCCUCUUCUGCCAGUCGCUGUGCGCCGACGUCCUCUUCCUUCUCCAGGGCGGUGCCACGCGCGUCUUCGCACACAAAGUCUACCUGGCCACAUCCUGCUCCAAGUUCUAUGACCUCUUCACCCUGGACCUGCUGGCUACUGAGUCAGAUUGGGAGGGAGAGGAGCGAGCUGAGAGCGGGGAGGAGGACGAGCAGAGCAGGAGAGGGGCCAAAGAGCAGGCGGGGCGCACGAAGAGCUUGGACAUCGAUAAGGAGGGGGAGGGGGGCGCCAGGGGACUCAAACGGCCACCCAUGCUCCAGCAGGGCUCCCUGAGGACUUCCAAAAGUGAUAACGCCCUCCCCGCCAGGAGCCAGUGCCCUCUGGGGCCCCUGGGAGCCGGCCGUGGCCUCUCGGGAUGGGGGAGGGGCUUCCUGAGUGUGUACCUGGAGCACAUAGCUGAUCCUGAGACGGGGCGACUUCGCCUCAUGACUGUGGUCUCCAUGGACGGCCUCAUACAGGAAGAACCCUUCCAGGCGGUGCUGCAGUACCUGUACACAGGCAGUCUGGACGAGAGCCAAGGGGGCCUGAUGCAGGUGGCCACCAUCGCCGAGCUGCUGGAGGUGUUUGACCUGAGGAUGAUGGUGGCCAACGUGCUGAACCGUGAAAGCUUCAUGAACCAGGAGAUCACCAAGGCCUUCCAUGUCCGCCGAGCCAACCGCAUCAAAGAGUGCCUCAGCAAGGGUACCUUCGCCGAUGUGGUGUUCCACCUGGACGAUGGAUACCUGCCGGCCCACAAGCCCCUGCUCAUCUCCAGCUGCGACUGGAUGGCGGCCAUGUUCCGGGGAUCCUUCAUGGAGAGCUACAUCGAGGAGGUGUCCAUCCCUGACACCAGUAGCUCCUGUAUGCGUGCAGUGUUGGAGUUCAUGUACUGUGGGCUGCUUUCGCCCUGUCCUGACCUGGAGCCUAUUGAGCUUAUCGUCCUAUCCAACCGGCUGUGUCUGCCACGCCUUGUUGCCCUCACAGAGCAGCAUGCUGUGAAUGAGCUGCUCCAGUGGGCGAUGAAGGGAGUGGACAUCGACGGACAGGUGCUGGCUUACCUGGAGUUGGCUCAGUUCCACAAUGCCAAGCAGCUGUCUGCCUGGUGUCUCCAUCACAUCUGCACCAACUACAACAGCGUCUGUCGCAAGUUCCCUAAAGACAUGAAGGUCAUGUCUCCAGAGAACCAGAGGCACUUUGAGAAGCAGCGGUGGCCUCCGGUGUGGUUCCUGAAGGAGGAGGACCGCUACCUGCGCUCUCAGAAGGAGCGCGAGCGCGAGGAGGAGAUCCUACGCAAGCUGCGCACCAAGAGAGGCUGGUGCUUCUCGAGACACCCGUCCUCCUCGCCCCACGUCUCCUGAGGCUGUCACCCCUCCAUGACCCCUCCUGCUUCUGACCUCUCCAUGACGGGAGAGCCAAGUCUCUCUUCUGUACGAUUGUGUGUGGGUGUAUGGGGGGGGGGGGGGGCUCAGUGACCAGUCCAGUUCUCUGUGCCCAAGAUGGUCUCACCUAGCUGGGCCUCAGUGACCAGUCCAGUCCUGCCUCCUCCCCCUGAGAUCCACCCACCAGCCUGGGGGUGACGAGACUGGGAACAAAAGGGCUCUCUCUCUCUGCCCCUCAGUCACACAGAAGCUAAAGACCAUUCCACAGACCACUGCUAAGACUCCCCUAUGGGGAGGUUACCUCUGCCUUCACGUCUAUUAGACUGUUAGCACACUGGACAAGACCAGAAGCCAGGGGGCGCCAGCUCUGCUUCAACACUCAUGGAAAGAUGCUUUGUUUGGUUUUUAUUUCGCUUAGGGAUUUGAAAUUAGAGUAGAGCCCAUCCCAGAGUUGGGUGUUUUGCCUCAGAGUCUCUGGCCACCACCUAUGCCUGUCUGACUUCUCUUCCACAGACUUUGUCAUCCACUUUGGACAGGUUUGACACCAUUUUGUUUCUCCCGGGUUUCAUCCCAGUGUACCUCCGUGUUGGGGGUUCUUUUCUAGAAUCAGCUGUGCAAGGGAGGGGCAGUAGAGGUGGUUAGUCUGGGUUGAGGUACCUGCUCAAGCAAAGGUGGUGGUUUGUGAUUCAAGCACCCAUCGUGAUCCCCCACAUAACACCAAGAGGAGAGGCCAACAGUGCUGAACAAAUCCCCCUCAAUGACAUUCAAAGUGAACACUUGAUAGCAUUUCUGGAUCAGAGGGCUAUUUUAUACCACUGCCAUGGGAGGGAGUAAGAAGCCGAACUGAACAGAUUUCUUCUUGCUCUGUCUUAAUUGACCACUAGGGUGCCCCUCAGCCAGCCUGCCUUAACUCCCCCGUACCACAGGGGGCAGCACUGCUCAGGGUUCCAUCAUCAACCCUCACCGGGAGCAAACAGGAGUUUUCUCCCCUGCCUGCAUAUAUCCUUAAUUCUAGUGUCUUUUAACUUUAUUUUAUUACAGCUGUAUUUGAAAGUCACCUGUAGUCUUUUGUCCUCACUGAGUGUUGAAAGCACAUGUAUUAUACCAAAAAAUGAGGCUGUGACAUGUUCCCUCCCUCCUGUCUCCUUGCCUUCCUCUCCUUGCCUCCUACAUAACAUGGCAAAUGUGGGGAGGAAGGGAAUAGAGGAAGAUAAACUUUUUGACCCCCCCCCCCCCCCCUCAGUAUGUUUUUAUAAAGCUGCAAUGUCAGGUAAAACCCAGGUGCCACUGCAGGACUUCCACUCCUUUAGCUGGAAUUGAAAAUGGCGCUCAGGAUGUCCACUAAAAAGACAGUACGUUUAUGACACACAUACACACUCACAUUUACACUUGUACCUGUCUUUUCGGUCCACGAUUUUGAGGGGUUUAUGUCUGCUCAGCCCUUCAUCAGUGUUAAUAUACGAAAACCUUUCAAUCUACCCAUAUAGUGUUACAUUCAGAUGUGCUGCACUAGGGUUAUUUUUUUCUUAUUAAAAGGUGUCUGAUAGACAUUAAAGUUAGUGAAUAUAUUCAUAGUAUUAUGAAUUUCAAUGUUGGUCUUUUCAGUAUGAGCAGAGCUAUGCUUUGAAGUUGAAUCUGUCCAUUUAUUUAACGACAUUCUGUCGUUUUCAAUGCCGCGCUAGACCAAAUAUUUAACUUGCUUUUUUAAAAAUGUAUUGCGCUGCAGAGUGCAGUUCUGUUUUCGUUGUGAGGGAGUGUGCUGCGUCAAUCAAUUUGUGAACAAAGGGAAUGUGUAUUACUGUCUUUUAGUUGAGUGCUAUGGAGUUGGAUUAUGGGCUGCUGAGAACAUGUUAAUAACCCACGGCACCGUCAAGAUCUUAAUGUAUCCAAGACAUUGUGUUACAACAGGCAAGUUGGAAGAAGAAGGAAAACAAUAACUAACAAAGCAUUAUUACUGUAUUUUAAUUGCCUUCUUUUUGCUCAAAAGGGGUAGUUAUGUGGGAAAAAAGAAGACUUUGUAACAUGUUUCUCUUUACCACCUUCGUUCUAUUUGUGGGUUUGAGAUUUCCACCCCCGCCUUUACCCAGGUGACUGUGGGAGAUAGAUGGAUGGCGUGAAAUGUGUUUUUUUUUGUGUGUUUUUUUUAGCUUUUCUUCACCGGAUGCGUGUUCUAGUCAUCAACAGCUACUGAAAUAGCUAUGCGAUAGGAUCUCAUGAGACCCAAGUGAGAAUUGGGCUGAUUUUUACCCCCCAAAAAACUGCAAACCUACAUAUUUGGAAUUGGAACACUGAAAUAGUCCUUGCGCCCCUAUUUCGGACUAGGAUAUUGGAACAUUAAUCUGGGGUUGACAUAGGAACAUAGAGCUAUUUGACUUCCAUGUCCCCUUUCAGUGCCCCAAGGAUGAGCUAUUAAAGUUGUCUUACUAAUGGUAGACAUGCCCUACAAAGCCUUCCCUCAUGGAAGUGCACAUCCACUAUUAGGAAUCGGAGUAUACUCAAAAUGUACAGUGUAAGGUAGUGGUAUACAGUUGCAGACAGGUUCUACAAAGGAUAAUAGUAGAGCUGAUUGAUUCAGUCUCUGGUUAAUGACUCACACCCAGUCUCACCCACUCAACCAGGCCAGAGAGGCAGGCCUCUCCCUCGCCUUCCUCCCACGUCUGAGUCUCCCUCUGGGGCUGCAGACCCCAGCGCUACUCCCGGAGAGUUUCUGGGUCUUCGGGUGGUCAGUGGAAACACAGGCCUUAAGUUAGUAGGCGAAGGGGCUGUUAGUAUUGUAAGUUCUCUUAGUCUGUUUCGGUUUGGGAAACUGAUUUAGUCUGCCACUACAAACUAGCCGAUUACCCUCUGUAAUGCCCUAGAGACCAAGGUUUAGACACCUGUGAUCUAGGGGAUGCGAACGCUUACUAUGAGAAUACUGGUUGCCUUGUGUGAAUGCUGUUCAACACUUGUGGGAUGUGGUUAUUAUUUUUGCAUCAUGGCCUAAUUUUGGUUUUGUAAAUGCACUUUUCUCCGUCUUUCAGUAUCGGGUUGCACUUUCCUUCCUUUUGUGGUCUUUUUAGCUCUGACUUUUUUGUGCUUGGCAUGGACAAUUCUUUAACAAGGUUGUUUUAAAAAUGUGAUCUUUUGUAGCAUGGGAUCUUCCUUUCUCCCUUCAACUGUCCAUGUGGCUUUCUAGGGCUUUGACUGAGUGUGUAUCUAUCUCGUCAUGCUCACAUACAAAGGCAACCCGGGCUCAGCUGUAGUAUCGUAGUAUUAGUGACUGAAAUGAAAGCCUCUGUCCAUUAUGUGUGAAGCCUCUCAAGUCAGUCAUACUAUUGUAAUUGUAUAUAAUAUUAUCCUCAUACGUUCAGUUGGCUUGAGUACAGCCUAAAUGUAACGUCAUUGGGGAUCUCAUCGUGACAUUGAGGGUACACAGGAAUGUGUGUACAUGUCAGUAACUAAUGACAAUGGUUAUUGACGUUAGCAAGAUGUGUUGCUUCUUGUACAGUGUUAAAAGCAGUAUUUUACCAGGUGUGGGACCAUGGUUUCCCCAGGAUUUGACAUCUCGGGUGCUGGUACAGUACGUAGGUUGUGUUCACGUUCUAAAGAUUUAUGAAUUCAUACACCUUGGGAAUGUCCUAUUUAUACAUCGGGCAGCCUUGGGAAUGUCCUAUUUAUACAUCGGGCAGCCUUGGGAAUGUCCUAUUUAUACAUCGGGCAGCCUUGGGAAUGUCCUAUUUAUACAUCGGGCAGCCUUGGGAAUGUCCUAUUUAUACAUCGGGCAGCCUUGGGAGCUACAGUGAGAGGAAUGCUUUGAUUGGGCUGAAAUGCAUGUAUACACAGGGAAACAAAUUACGAAGUGGAUCUUUGGCUUUGAACCCCCGUCAAUAGUUGACCCACAUUGCCCCCUAUUGGCCCAUUUUUGUACCUGUCAUUUGAAACGUCACAUUAAGUCCAUACUCUUUUGAUGUCACUUUCACAUCACCUUAAUUUGCAUCAGCUCAAGAGUGUAGUAUUGUCCAAAGAAAACAUGAGUAUUACUGAGAAUUCGAAGAAUAUUUUCGAUCAUGCCGCUUAUUGACAGAGAACCCCUUGUUGUUGUAGUUUGCCCCUGGUCUGGCGUCUCCUGUGCCUUUUGAGAUGACCUCAUGCUGGCGCCCUCUUGUCGAGCCUCUAGCGGUCAAACAGGGAAA